UAUACCUUUUUCGUUUGAUUCGUCUUGGAAUAUAAAGAACCAAAAGCCCCUUCUGUUGUCGCUUAAACCCGAAACACAAGCCCCCUCUUCUCAUCGGAUGUCCGGUUUCCAGUUUAUAACAGUCUCUUCUUCUUAACUUUAUUCCUAAGCUUUGCUUUUCCCAAGGUGCAUUUUUGCAUAUUGUUGGUUAAAUCUAAGAGUAAAAGAAUGGCACAUUUGAUGUCAACUUCAUGCUCAAUAAAGAUCUCCUCUAGCUACAGACCUUGUGGUCAACCUCUAAGUCAGGAUCGAACCGUACUUCCUAACUCUUUUACCAUUAAGACUUCCAAGUCACCUUUCAAAAGGCUCGUUUCGAAAGGGCACAGGGCAGGAAGGAGUUGUGUGGUUCUUGCAACUGCUGCCUCUGUGAGCAAAGAAGUUUCAGCUAAUCCCAGGUCUGGUUCUGAUCGGUCCCCAAAUGAUUCUUCAAAGCCUCAGCGGGUCAUGGUUAUUGGCGGGGAUGGCUACUGUGGUUGGGCUACAGCCCUUCACCUGUCCAACAAAGGUUACGAGGUUGCUAUUGUGGAUAGCCUUGUUCGACGGCUCUUUGACCACCAGCUUGGUCUUGGCUCCUUAACACCCAUUUCGUCCAUCCAUAACCGACUCCGUUGUUGGAAAGCUAUAACUGGGAAGACAAUUGAACUUUACAUUGGUGAUAUUUGUGACUUUGAGUUCUUAUCUGAAACCUUCAACUCGUUCGAACCUGAUGCUGUUGUCCAUUUUGGAGAGCAGCGGUCUGCUCCAUAUUCAAUGAUUGAUCGAUCAAGAGCUGUGUUUACUCAGAAAAAUAAUGUGAUUGGAACGCUUAAUGUUCUUUUUGCAAUAAAGGAAUUCAGAGAAGAGUGCCAUCUUGUAAAGCUUGGAACAAUGGGAGAGUAUGGAACUCCCAACAUAGAUAUCGAAGAGGGUUAUAUAACAAUUAGUCACAAUGGAAGGACUGAUACUUUACCUUAUCCAAAGCAAGCUAGCUCCUUUUAUCAUCUCAGUAAGGUUCAUGAUUCAAAUAAUAUAGCCUUCACUUGCAAGGCUUGGGGGAUCAGAGCCACUGAUCUGAAUCAAGGAGUGGUUUAUGGGGUUAAGACCGAUGAGACUUCAAUGCAUGAACAGCUGUAUAACAGGUUAGAUUAUGAUGGAGUAUUUGGAACAGCAUUGAAUCGGUUUUGUGUUCAGGCUGCUGUCGGUCAUCCUCUUACAGUUUAUGGGAAAGGAGGCCAGACUAGGGGUUACCUUGACAUAAGAGACACGGUUCAAUGUGUGGAACUUGCCAUUGCAAAUCCAGCAAAACCUGGUGAAUUUCGGGUGUUCAAUCAAUUCACUGAGCAGUUUUCCGUCAAUGAACUGGCUGCCCUUGUAACAAAAGCAGGACAGAAGCUUGGACUUGACGUGCAAACCAUAUCUGUGCCCAACCCAAGAGUUGAGGCAGAGGAACAUUAUUACAAUGCAAAGCAUACUAAACUCAUUGAGCUGGGACUAAAACCACAUCUCCUCUCAGACUCUCUUCUCGACUCAUUGCUCAACUUUGCUAUCGAGUUCAAGGAUCGCAUCGACACAAAACAGAUUAUGCCCAGCGUUUCAUGGAAAAAAAUUGGGGUGAAGCCACAGACUGUACCAGCUAAUUAGGUGGUUGGCAAUGAGAGGAACUUCUUGUUUAUCCUGUUGUAUCUUUCUGCGCUUCGUAGAUGGUGCUGCAGUCCUCUCUACUUUUCAUGUUAAGCAUGGUCUGUAUGUGCCAUCAAAAUCAAAACUCGGUUAUGAAUCAAUUGAACGUGAGAGAGUAAUAUUACUUGAGCUCCUGAGUCGUGACUUUUUGGUCCAGGAACUACUUGUGAGCUUGUUUUGUAUUUAUUUGCUUAUUAUGUACGAAACAUAUAAGCAUUUGCUAUAAGCCGGUGUUCAGUAGUAAUAAUUUGAAGCGACGGUAAUGUCUUGCUCCUUGUUUGUUCUUUGGUAAUACAUGAACUGAGGCCAUCAGCAAUGGCUGCGUUUAUUA